GGUUCUUAGAAAUAUAUCUAUAUACUAUUAGUAGUUUAACUACAGUUUGUACUUAAUUGAAAAAAUGUUAAAAGUUGUUUUAACCUAGCUAAUUGCUAAAAAUGACUAAAUAGACAUACACAAAGACUUGUACAUUUUCAGCUUAACGACUAAUACAUUUUUCCUUUAUAUAUAUAUCUCUAUCGAGUCUAGUUAUUAAUGUUGAAAGUUGCAAAUAAAACAGAAAUGCUAACAUGUAAAUAUCGUAGCCAAAAAUGCUAACAUGUGUAUAACGGUUAUAACCACAACUUGAUGGCCGACCUCUUUUUUCUUUUGGUAACCAUAGAAAUGGUUACACGUAACUAGUACGAACCAACGAAAACUCUUCUUAUUCGAUAGUUAAAGAUAAUAGCAAUGCGCAAAAAUAUCUAGCACUCACACGUGUAGUUUUGGAUUCUCAUUGGUCGAGAGAUCUAUAAAACGAUACUAUUGGAGGUUAGAUUUUUCUCAUCUCACUUUCUCCAUCUUAAAACUCUUUCUUGUAUUUAUUUUCCUCCCAAAAAACAUCUUUAAGAGUCCUCAUGGCGAUGUCUUUAUCAGGAGCUGUUCUCAGUGGCAUGGGUUCUUCUUUCCACAACGUAGGAGCAAAGCAGAGUGGUGUUGGUACCGUCAGAGUUGGCCGGAAGAGUGAGCUCGUCGUCGUUGCUCAGCGCAAGAAGUCGUUGAUAUACGCCGUUAAAAGUGACGGCAACAUCCUCGAUGACCUCAACGAAGCCACAAAGAAAGCUUCUGAUUUCGUGACGGAUAAGACGAAGGAGGCCUUGGCGGAUGGCGAGAAAACAAAAGACUACAUUGUUGAGAAAACCAUUGAAGCCAAUGAAACUGCGACUGAGGAAGCUAAGAAAGCUUUGGAUUAUGUGACUGAGAAAGGAAAAGAAGCCGGAAACAAGGCGGCUGAGUUCGUAGAGGGUAAAGCAGAAGAGGCUAAGAAUGCCACAAAGUCCUGAUUCAACCACUCAUGUAGUCAUGUUCAAUAGUUUACAAUAAGAUCAGUUUGUUGUAAUUUCUUUUUCACCAUUUGAAAUGAAGAGCUGUUAAUUACUCACUAGCACAUUUUAAAUACGUAUCAAAUGAUUUAAAUAUAAACUACAUUUUAGUGACUACAAGUAACAUAGUAGUAUUUAUGAGUUGGAUUCGGGAAAAAUCUGUCAAAAUCUUCUCUCAUUUUGAUCCUCAAUUAUAAAGAAACUGUGAAACUGAUGACUGUUUUUAUGACAACCCCUAAUAAUAGCCUAAAAAGAUCAAAACACCUAAAACAUCAACAAUUGUUAUAUAUCCAUCUCCUGAGUGAAAUCUCAUAGGUGUAAGGGGCAAUACAUACUCUCUUUGUGAAUGUAGAAGAAAUAUUUUUUUUGUCAAAAGUUGUAACCAAAACAAAAAGAACAUUGGAAGCUUAGUCCCAAGCACUUGGAGGUUCUCCACCAUAUCCACCACUUGAAGCACCACCAUAUCCACCACCAUAGCCUCCUCCGCCGCCAUAGCCUCCUCCACCACCAUAGCCUCCUCCGCCGCCAUACCCUCCUCCUCCACCGCCAUAGCCUCCUC